AUGAAGUUCCAUAACCUCACCCUGCUCUCCUUCUUCCUCCUGGCCCUUCAAGUGAUCUUAGUGCAAGGCAAGAAGGAAGCCAUAAACAGACAUGUUAGCAAAGCCAAGAGAGAUGAAAGACAAACUCCCAACAAAACUGAGACUAAGCAAAAAAGUCACAGGCAUCUGCCUAAAGGCCAAUUCAUCAGCACCAAUCAGGCCAACUGCAAAUGGACAGUGACUGAGCAGGAGCAAGGCAUUGCCUUGAUGGUAGAGUGCUCCCAAGAGGACACUAGAUUUUCUUGUGUCUUCACUGGCAAUCCCACUUCCUGCAUUGAGUUGAAUCAGAAAAGGAAAUACUGGAAACAAAUUGAACAGAGCCUGAGCUCACAGAAGGCUAUCUGUGAGGACUCUAAGAGUGUCCUUAAAACCAAGGUGUGCAGAAAGAAGUUUCCAGAAUCCAAUCUAAAGUUAGUGAACUCCACUCUGAUAAGGAACACGCUCUCUAGCCAGAAACAGAGGAAGAAAACAAAAGCCCCCAAUGCUAUCAUCAUGGAAGCCAACCAGAUGAAACCAUCUCCCACCAAUGAACAUACUAAGGUCAAUGACAGCUCUCCACCUGAGGCAUCUGAGACACAACCUAUAACCACCCAGGAUCCCUUAUGUGUGGAGGACUCAGAUAUGGUCACCCCAAACAAGGUGGCCUUGGAGUACUGUGGGGAGACUUGGCUCUUUUUGUGCGAGAUCUUCAUUGCCGUGGCACAAAGUACUUCAUGCUAA